AUGGGACAAAGUAUUAAGUUUAUCUUUUUUCUCAAAAUUUAUAUGUUUAUCGUUUUAAAUUGGAUAUAUCAUUUUUACGGUGACACGUUCAGGUUUAACAAAAUUUUGGAUGAGAAAUAUGGUUCUGGUAGAAAAUUAGGUAAACGAAUUUAUAGAUUAUUAGGAAACUGUGAAAAAGGUAUUUUUGCAAAUGUUAGAGAUUUAGAAUUGAAGAUACCGCAUAAUACUAAAAAAAAGAACGAAAAAUGUGACAAAGAAAAAGAAAAAAAAUUAUAUAGAAGUUUAUUAUAUAAGGAAAAAUUAAUUAAUCAACUUAUGAAAAAUAAAUGUACUAUGUUACAUAAAUCAUAUAACCAUUAUGAAAAAAAAAUAAUGAAUGGACUUGAUGAUAAAGCUUUUUUUAAUAAAAUGCUGUUAAUUAAAGAUAAAGAUUACAAAAAAUUAAAGCAUAAAAAAUAUAGAUUACGACUUUUUUUGCUUUCACUAUUGUUUGUAGUCGCAUUAAUUAUACCUGUAUUAGAUUUAUCAAUUGGUGAUUUAUUAAUGAACUUUUUAACCUUAUUCGAAAAUGGUACAUCAGCUGGUGUGGGGGUUAGGUCACCGGGUCCUGAAAUCGCGCCAAAUGCUUCCUGGAUCACCUAUUUUUCUCAAAAUCUUUCUGUAGCAUACAAAGCCCAAAGUGUCUUAAUAUAUUGUGUACCUAUCUUAAUAAUGGGUAUUUUACUUAUACUAGGAGUUUUUUAUUAUUAUAAAAAUGUUAUAAAACAUAAAAAAGUUAAGUUCUUGAAAGCAUUCAAUGAAUGGUAA